GUGUGUGUGUCCCAGACGUCUGAGCGCUGUGGAUCUACGAGUUCAGACUGACAAUAUCAACUGGUUAAUAUCAGCUUCUCCCAUUUCAGCACCAACGUUCGGCUCCAAAUGUCCUACCGAUCCAAGUACAAAGAUUCCCGCUCUGCGGAAAGAGAGAUCGAUUUUACCUCGCCUGCUCUGGCGGUGAUGGGAGUCGAGCAGCUCCUUUUCGCCGGGAGAGCGAUCAACAGCCCGGCUAACGAGGUCUGGCCCAGGCUGUAUAUAGGAGACAUGGAUUUUGCGGAAAAUCGUGCCGCGCUCCGGCGGGAAAACUUCACUCACGUGCUGAACUGCGCUCACAGCUCCAGACGAGGCAACGACUUUUACUCUGGAAUGGGAAUCACGUAUCUCGGCAUCGAAGCCCACGACUCUCCCGCCUAUGACAUGAGCGUCAACUUUAACACAGGGGCGGAGUUCAUUCACAAUGCACUCAGGACGGGGGGUAAGAUCCUGGUGCACUGCCACGUGGGCGUGAGCCGCUCGGCCACCAUCGUCUUGGCGUACCUGAUGCUGAAGCACAACAUGACCCUGGUGCAGGCCAUCAACAUCAACGGUUAAAGAAGGGAGAGGGAUCAUCCCGAACCGCGGCUUCCUCCGACAGCUCGUCGACCUGCACGUCAAACUGUACGGCUAUAGGUCCUGAGUGUGUGACCACGCCCUCUCGUCACCUGAGUGUUCAGGAUAUAGCUGAAUAAUGUCUAUAAACAGACAGUUUUACAAUCCUAUUGUUAUAAAAUUUACAGUAAAAGUGUGGUGUAUACGAGGUGGCAUCAAAAAGUUUGGCGACUAGUUUUGUAACACACCAGCAGAUGGCAGCACAUGGUUGUACACUCAUAAGUCAGUGUGCCAAAAGACAUCGUCCUGAGUACAUUGGGAGCUGGUGCUGUUCUGUUAUUUCAUCAUGGAUGCCAAGUUAGAUCAAAGAGCGAAUGUAACAUUCUGUGUGAAACUGGACAGAAAGAGGGAUAGAGAUGUUUGACAUAAUUUGGAAUUUUUUACGCAAUGCUGCAAUGAGUUAUGCGAGGUGUUUUGAGUGACGCGCUUCAGAAGCAAAAGAACAUCACUGGAAGAUGACCAGAGAUCAGCAACUUGUGCAUGAUGAUCGUCAGAGAGACGAUACACAACAAUGCUACCGUUGUCAGUGUGUCAUACGGAACAGUCCAGCUGAUCCUCACGUGUGAUGUGGACAUGCGCCGGGUCAGCUCGACCGAGCGCAUGCUCGUUCAUCUCGUUGGGCAUCACGACUUCGUCCCCAGGGGCCCCAGACCAUCUAUAGUGAAUUCUACUGCCAGGUUUUAAGGCGCCUGAGGGAGGAAUUAAAGAGCUUGUAAACCGAGCUAAUCUCUAAACUUUUUGAUAUAAACCUCGUAUAAAGGCUAACAUUUCACAUAGAUAAAUUCCUGAUAUAUUGUUUUACAAAUUACAAAU